GCCCUCCUCCGCAGAGGAGGGGCCUCCCACCAGCCAGCCUCGGGACAAAAUCAUGCCUGGAAUUCCGUUUCCGUUUUAGGGAGUGGACGGUGAUUUUCCUUUUUUUUUCUUCUUCUUUACUUGACAUCCCACCAACUUUCAUUUCCACGUCAAGUCAGGCAGUUUUUAUGUGAAGUGUCCCGGAUUACAUUUUCGUUACGACCAUGGCUUCUUCGCCUCAGAAGUCCCCGUCCUCUCCGAAGUCUCCGACGCCCAAAUCGCCGUCUUCCAGAAAGAAAGACGACUCUUUUCUGGGCAAACUUGGUGGAACUUUGGCAAGAAGGAAAAAGGCUAAAGAAGUGUCUGAGCUUCAGGAAGAGGGGAUAAAUGCCAUCAACCUUCCUCUCAGCCCUUCUCACUAUGAGCUGGACCCUGAAGACACAAUGCUAGAGGAGAAUGAAGUUCGCACCAUGGUCGACCCCAACUCGAAGAAUGACCGCAAACUGCAGGAGCUCAUGAAGGUUUUGAUUGACUGGAUAAAUGAUGUUCUGGUGGGGGAAAGGAUCAUUGUGAAGGACCUGGCUGAAGAUCUCUAUGAUGGGCAGGUUCUGCAGAAACUGUUUGAAAAGCUGGAAGGCGAGAAACUGAACGUGGCUGAGGUGACCCAGUCGGAGAUCGCCCAGAAGCAGAAGUUGCAGACGGUUUUAGAACGCAUCAACGACUCGCUCAAGGUCUCCACCAGGAGCAUUCGCUGGAAUGUUGACUCGGUUCAUGCUAAGAGUAUAGUCGCCAUCCUGCACCUGCUGGUGGCGCUAUCGCAACACUUCAGAGCACCAAUCAGAUUGCCUGACCAUGUUUCUAUUCAAGUAGUGGUCGUCCAGAAAAGAGAGGGCAUUCUUCAGUCCAGGCAAAUUCAAGAGGAAAUCACUGGCAACACAGAGGCGUUCUCUGGCAGACACGAGCGUGAUGCUUUCGACACCCUGUUCGACCAUGCUCCAGAUAAACUGAAUGUUGUCAAAAAGACAUUGAUCACAUUUGUGAACAAACACCUGAACAAGCUCAACCUCGAGGUGUCUGAAUUGGACACACAGUUUGCAGAUGGUGUUUAUCUAGUGUUGCUGAUGGGGCUAUUGGAGGGGUACUUUGUGCCGCUCUACAACUUUUUCCUCACACCAGAAAAUUUUGACCAAAAGGUUCACAACGUGUCUUUCUCCUUUGAACUGAUGCAGGAUGGAGGUCUGGAGAGACCAAAGCCUCGGCCAGAGGGUAGGACACAUAUAGUGAACUGUGACCUUAAGUCAACACUGCGUGUGCUCUACAACCUCUUCACCAGGUACAGGAACAUAGAGUGAACACCACAUGUUGCAAGACCAAACCCUUUUUACCAUGGACCACAUGCUAAAGCUUAAAAAGCAUAUGUUUUUCCCUCUGUUUGUUGUAUAAAUCUGAUUUUAUUUUAAUGCGUGCAUUACAUUUGGUACCUUUUGAAUAAUUUACCACAAAGUUGUUUUGUUUUUUUUAAUUCCUACGAAGGCAUUUGGGCUUGUAUGCCUCUUAAUGUUUGGCUUUUUAUUGUAAAUUCAGUAUUUCUUUUUAGUCUUAUAGACAUAUGCUGCGUGUGUAACUAAAUGUGAUAGCCAAUACUAAUGUUUAGUUAAGUCAUAGAGGUAAAUCUGUAGUAUAAUGCUUUUUGUCAUCCUGAAUAAAUAUCAUCAAGGGGAGCUUUUAGAUGAACAACACUGUCUUUUUAAUUCAGAAAAGAUCAUGUUUAACCAUAUUUAUUUUUCAUUUUGAUACAUGUAUUUCCUCUGUUUUGCUUCUGUCAUUCUCAUCUGCCUGUAUUUAACCAUGUGAACACUGUCAGGCUACCUGUACUCCCCACUUGUCUUAACCCUCCAGAUUUCCUUUGCAUGUGUGGAGGAACAUUUGAAACAUCUGACCAAGACUGAUUUCACAUUGUAAAACAUUAGACAGGCUUUACUCCUCAACUAUUUUUUCCAUUUUCUUGUAUUUUAUAUUAUAAUGUGUAUCUUGUUUUUAAUUGAGGCACAUCGGCAAUUUGUAAUCACUCUGCUGUCUGUAAUGCAUUAUAUAAUAGUAUAUAAUAGCAGUAUAAUAUC